UUUCAUUUUAACACUGACAUGAACUUGGUUAUUUUGACAAUCGAUUAUCGAGCUAUGGAAAUAUCGAAGCUGGAGGGAACAAAUUUAAAAUCUGUCACUUGUUACUAUGGCAACAAUUGCUGUUAUUUUUAUUGCCCAACAAUUACUGAGUGUUUAAUAAUUGAAGCGCAAUAAUAAAUUGUAAUAAAAAUUAAAAAUGUCCAAUGCGACGUAUAAUGAAAUUUGGAAGGAUACUGAACUGUGUCUUGAAGAAAUAAUCCAGACUGAUUCAAAUUUACAAGGCGCUAAGCCGCAAAAAGACAGAAAAAAAAUUCAUAAAAAUAUAUCUGAGUUAUAUGUCAGGUAUAUCGUCUGCUGCAAUAAAUUAGAGCAGUGCUACGACCAAAUUAUCCAGCCGCAAAAGCGUAUUCUGCUGCGUAAACUUUUGGAUUCAACACUUGGCAGGAUAUUGGAGCUGAAACAUGAGCUAGUGGAAGUUGAUCUCUCGGAGUAUAAUUACUACGACGACGUACUGCUCAAGUAUGGAAUUUUACCGCAGGAAGCGGAGCUGAGGAUACCGAUUUACUUUAGACGAGAAAGAGAAGACGAAAUAGCUGAGCGUCGGAAAUUUAUCAGUGAGGUUCUGAGAAACGCGGGUGUGCUGGACGAGGUGGUUCAGCCGAGGAAGAUGACGGAGCCUGAAGCUGUAAGAUUGAUACAGACCCACGAGAGAGCGCGGCAAGGACGAAUUCGGUUUCAAUUUAUGAAAGAGAUCAGGGAAAUGAAGGAAAGGUCGACGAUUAAGUCUGACGUAGCACAGGUUGAUGUGCUAAGAGAAAUAAUGGCUACGAUGAGAAUCCAGAAGGUCUGGCGCGGUUACAUAACUCGCCGGCGGAUGAGAAAGAGAAGAAUUGCGGAGAUGCUGUUAAUUGGAAUGGUACAGCCUGGUCAAGUUAUUACAGACAACUACAGGAAUGCGGAGAAAAUAAAGUUGCAUAGGUACGCAAAGCAGAUUGAGUACCAGCGGAUCUUUGAGAAUAAAUUGGUUGAGAUAAAGGAGUACGUCAAGUCGGAAAAAAGUGCUAUUAUGGAGGAAAAUAUGAGGAACGAUAUCAGACAGUGGAUUAAUGAGUAUUUUCAGCAGACUGGUAAGAUACCUGAGUUGCCGUCUGCUGAAAGCGGUGGGUCGAGGAUUAUUUUAAGCCGACAGGGCACUGAGAGCUCACUGAGUAAAUCAAAAGAAUCGUCGUCGUCAAAAGAAUCAAAAAAAUCUAAGAAAUCAAAAUCUAAAAAGGAAAGCGAUACUGAAAAAUCAGAAGACGAAUCAGAUCCGGGAAUAAAAAUAGUCCCGUCGAAUUUUCUGCCCGAAUUAAUUCAAGCGCAUACUGAGUACCAGGACGUUUGGAGGGACAAAGACGAGUCGAAAAACCCCUGGCAGCUGCCUUAUGACGAUAUGAUACUGGCUGAAAAGACACGGGAGAUCGAGGAUGAGGUAAGAGUUGGGGUUGAUCAAGCACUCAGAGAUGAUAUUGAGGCGCUGCAAGCAGCUCUGGACCGAGACAAAGGACACAAAGGCAAACGGGCUAAAAAACCACAAAAGCGAAUGCGCCGUAGCGGAAAACGUAAUAAACGCAAGAAAGAAAAAGACUUGACGCCUGAUCGUACCACCGAGUCGCUCUUUGAGGAACUAUUGACCCAAGGCAUUAUCAAACUGGUGCCAGAGGUUUACUUAAAUAGCUUCAGAGGUGAAAAAUCUUACGCCAACUUUGAUCUUUGGGAAAAAGGAAAAGAUCCCCUUCCUACAAUAGGUGACAUAAGACAAGUAGUAGCCGAGUACUGCGUCUUGCCUCUAGGAAAUGAAUAUGUGAAGCUCAUGUCACCUCUAGUACGAUCAGUAUUGAUAGCCGGACCACAUGGCAGCGGUAAAAAAAUGCUCGUACACGCGAUAUGCACCGAACUAGGUGCAACUCUAUUCGACAUCACUCCAGCCAACAUCGCUGGCAAGUAUCCAGGAAAAUCUGGGCUCAUAAUGCUUCUUCAUUUGAUAUCAAAGGUGUCCCGAUUGCUUCAGCCAUCCGUGAUUUUUAUGGACGGCGCGGAAAAACCUUUUGUCAAAAAAGUUCCCAAGACCGACAAAACGGAUCCGAAACGCCUGAAAAAAGAUUUGCCUAAGCUCGUUAAAAGUUUCACUAACGAAGAUCGCGUAAUUAUUGUUGGCACAUCAAACUCUCCUUGGGAUGGUGAUCAAAAAUUGUUGUACCAAACUUAUGAUAAAGUUAUUUAUAUACCCCGGCCAGAUUAUGGAUCGAUGUCAAUGCUGUGGAAGGAUUUGCUCUACAAAUACUCCGGGAUUAGCCGUCAAUUUGAUACAUCAGCGAUGGCGAAGAUUUGCGAUGGGUUCACUGUCGGUACUGUCAUUGCGGCAAUAAACGAAGUGAUGACAACAAAACGAAUGGUUCAAUUACGAGUCCAGCCGUUAACGCACGUCGAACUGGUAAACGCUUUAAGUACACGUGACCCCGUCUAUAAAGAAGAAGAAGAAGCUUUUCUAACUUGGUAUUAUAAAACACCGACGUGUCGCAAAAAGCAGCGCGCCGUUGAGCUGGAGCUCCAGAAGCUAGAGGAAGCUAAUGAAAAGCAAAAGAAAAAAGGAAAAAAAUAAUAACAUAAUUUAUGGACUUAAUUCAGAAUUAUAAAAUAAUUUUUUAUACUAUCUGUCGUAAAAAUGU